AGCCGGAAGUAGUCGUUUGAGACUGCUGAUGUGUUAAAUCGAUAUGACCCUUAGGAGCUAGCAAAUUAGCUCGUCUUGAUCGUCUUUGAAUUUUCUAUCUUUAAUGGUUAUUUAAAGACAGCAGUACCAUUCUACAUGGCGCCCAAAGGGAAGGUUGGAACUAAAGGCAAGAAACAAAUCUUUGAAGAAAAUGCUGAUACCCUCAAGUUUUACAUGAGGAUUAUUUUAGGUGCCAAUGCGAUAUAUGGUGUAGUAAACCUUGUCAUCUUUUACACCUCAUCUACAUUCUGGACUUGGAGCUGGCUGUUGCUUGCUUUAGCAGUUUAUGUUGGAAGCUAUCGGUCCAUGUCAGCCAUGGCGAAACCAGUGUUUUCAGAGGAUGGCUCUCUCUUGGAUGGAGGAAUAGACCUUAAUAUGGAGCAAGGACUGGCAGAACAUUUGAAAGAUGUGAUUUUACUCACUGCAAUAGUACAAGUUUUGACUUCUAUAUCCAUGUAUUUCUGGUAUCUUUGGCUUUUGGGUCCAGCUCGGGCUUUGUAUCUCCUCUGGAUUAAUUUGUUAGGACCUUGGUUUUCAGCUGAACGAUCUUCUGCAGGAAAUGAAGAAGUAAAUGAGAAAAGGCAACGAAGACAAGAAAGACGACAAAUGAGAAAAUUUUAAACUGGGUUUAGCUUUUUUAUGUAAAAGUCCCCUUUUCUAUACUUUAACUUAUUUGUUGUCCACCUCUCUUGGAGGGCUGUUUUUUUCCUUUCACUUCUUUGCAGUUGCCAAAUGAUAAGCUCAUUAAAAGUCUUCGGUUUGGGAAAAUAUUUUUGGGCAUAUUUGGAACAUUAAACUGGAAGGAGAUAAUUUGAAUCCUCAUUUUUUUUCAUUGUUUAUUGCAUAUUCAAAAAUGUGAUUAUGUCUUAAAAAUCCAGAGCUAAUACAGGUAAUCCCUCAAAGUGUGUGUGUGGUUUUUUUUUUUUUAGUUUCCUUAAAAUGAUCUCUUCUUAUAAUUGUAUAUCACAUCCACUUUGCAAGUAAUUGCAAAAACUCUUGUUUGUAACUCUGGCAUUAUGUUAACAGUAAUACUGUCAAGAGUUUUAAUAUGAAUACUCAUGUCACAAUGAUUCUGAUAAAUAGAUACAUAUAUGACAUCUUAACACCUCAUUAUGAGCUCUAAUAUUUUGUCCACACCUUCAUUAUAGGAAGUAUUAUUCAUAAUAAGUUAAUGCCUAAAUAAUAACUUUCAAAAUCAAAAUUACAAACUGUUGUCUGUCAUCAAAGUGUAAUAUAUAAAGUAUUUUGCACUGAAAUGUGAAAACGUCAGAAACGUCCUUUGAUUUUAAUAACUUAAAUAUAAAGAAGAUAUUUGUCUUUUUUAGAUAAGGGCAGAUGAACUUAUGUAUAGAAUAUAUGAUAGGCAAAGCAGAUAUUAUAUUUGUCAUAUGUUUACAAAAAGUGAAAAGUAUCAUGAUUCAGUUCUUACAAAUUCAGGAAAUGUUACUUACUCUGGGACUGUAUGUGAAAUGGGAUCAGUCUUUCUAUUCAACAGGAAGAGAGAAAAGUACAAGAAGUGCUGUAUCAGCAUAGAGCUAAUAAACAGGUAAAUUAACACAGAAACUGAGUUAGUAAAUUAUAGAAACAACUAAGAUAGCCUGGGAGUUAGUACUACUGCUUCUGAACUUUUUAAUGUUUGAGUUAUGUUUCAUUACAGAGCAUGACUUUUUUUUGUGAAGGUAACCUGUUACUCUAGUGUUUUCCUCCACUGUGACUCUGGUCUCCACAAUUCAAGGAUAGUGAAUCAUUUACGUUGUUGUUUUGUACAUACAGUUGCCCUGUACCCCAAUUUGUUCUCAGUGUUAAUUAUCAUAGGCUCUAGUAACCAUUUCCCACCCAAGAUAUUUAUUAGUAAUGCUUAUAAUGUAUUGUAUAUGUGCAAUCAAAAUGUGGUGUUUUGGUGUUUUUAUACAAUUUUGAUUUAAUCAUAUGAAACAAUCAACAAUAUAAACUAUUAACAAUUUUUUCAAAAGUUAGUCAAUGUGUUUGUGUAUUUAUACACCGUGCUGCUUGUUACACACUUUUAUUUGCAUUCAGUGUACACAGUGGGUCAGAUCUUUUAUGAAACAAUAAACUCAUUUAUACUCCUUAUGUGGUGCCUUACGAUAUAUGUAUGUAUGUAUUACAUUAAAGAGUUAUUAGUAUGUACAAAACACAAGAUAAUUUAGUUUAAAUCCAAAUUCUAGUUAUUACUGUUUCUAUCUUUGUUUUAUUAUUGUUGCAUUUGGCAUAUUUUUUAUCCCCCGACUGAAAAUUUUAAACCCUGAACUUCACUCUAGAUUGUCCAUUUUUCAAGUAAGAUUUACAGAGGUGUUCCUUGGUUUCAAGUCGACAUAUAUUAUUUAUAUUAGCUUGAAGCUCAAUCAUACAUAGCAUGCCUAAAUAGAAUUUAGAGUACUGUAUAGUAUAUCUUUACAUUAUAUUACUCACUUGUAUGUUACUUUGUGUUUUCGCAAGUAUCCUGUUUUUACAAAGAAAAACUCUUGCUUUAAUCAGAUUAGUUUUAUUACUUGGUUUAGUAAUAUUCACAAUUUAUUUAUGAAACACAUAUUAAGAUUUUUCUAAACUGCAUAUCUUCCUGUCUUAUAUAGCAAAUAAACAAUGUGGGAAAGGUAGGAAAGAUGUAUAGUCAUUUUUAAUAUAAUUAUGCCAAAUAUAGAAGGAAAGGUUUACCAAUGUUCUGCAUUUCAGCUUUGUUUAAUAAAGUAUAUUUUAUUGUA